CAACGGACCUCACAGUCAACAGACGCUGGGUGUACGGCAGUUAGUCGGUCGGUCGGUAAGCUACACCGGCAGAAGCCCACACGGAGAGAGGAAGACGUCACCUCACGGCUAUUUUCCAUUGACCAGUAAAGAGCCGGCAGAGAGAGGAACAGCAGAGAAGGCGAGCACAGGCGGAGAGGAUAAUUGCGUUUCUUGCUGCCCUGUGGGAACAUGGGAUAUAUGACCUCAUCAUUCACCUGUGAGGCUCUCCAGUAAAAAAAUCCAGAUAGCAGGAUGACUGAAGCAGCUGUAGAGAGCGCAGAUGUCCUCCUAAAACCUUGUGAUUUGACGUCAUGUGAUGUCAUCAGCUGCCAUUCCCCAUCGCCAUGCCUGUCCCCCUGCAUUCAGAAGGAGGAUGAGGAGUGUCAUCAUGACAGUAAGAAGCUGGAGCAGCAGAAAAGCUGUAACCAGGUGCAACCAAAGAAAAAAGUUAAGGCCAAAGGGAAGUUAGUGCGGAGUAUGGCUGUCUGUGAGGAGUCCUCACCAUUUGAAGACACCCAGGCAUAUCCAGACGCAAACAUCUCAUCCAGCUGCCAUGACAACGAGAGAACUUCCUGUAAGGAGGAAGACCAUGAGAACAGCGCAGAUCCAAAGAAACAUUCACUGUCCAAAGAGCUCAGCAUGGAGUACACCGAUUCCACCGGCAUAGACCUGCACCAAUUUAUCGUCGACACCCUCAACAGCAACCCCAGAGACCGCAUGAUCGUGGAGCAGGAGAUGAUCGACUAGAUCAACAGGAAAGGUCCCUUUAAGAAGUUUCCUCACAUGUCGUCCUACCACCGUAUGCUGGUCCAUCGGGUGGCGGCCUACUUUGGCAUGGAGCACAAUGUAGACCAGACAGGCAAGUCUGUCAUCAUCAACAGGACCAGCAGCACACGCAUACCGGAGCUGCGUUUUCUGGAUGAGGUGCACAAGGACAAGACAGAUGAGAUCCACCAGUGGAAAAUUAUUCUGAAGAGAGACAACAGCUCAGAUGACCAGAACCGACUUCACCCCUUACGGGAGAAGCAAAGCAAGUCGAUGGAGGAGAGAGAGGAGGAGUACCAACGAGCACGAGAUCGAAUCUUCAGCCAAGAGACACCCAGCACCCAGGAGAACACCCAUGCAGAAACCAGGACUGUGGAGGAGUACAAUCCAUAUGCUGAGACCCAGAGGAGAAGGCAGCUCUUCAGGGGGAGCCGUGACAGCUCAGGCUCCAGCUGGACAGGCAGCAGCAGGCAGAGCAGCACUGAGACUGACUGUCGCUACAGCAACGACCCCCGACCUUGGAGCAGCACAGACUCUGAUUCCUCCUACCAAUGGACGAGUCCCGCCCCAAAGCCCCGCCAAGUUGCCAACCACAGCUGGGACGCACGCGGUUCAGGCUCCAUCUCUCUUUUCAGACUGACGUCCACAGAUGAGCCUGCUCCUAACUCUGCCUACAUCAUGGAGAACGGGAUCCCACCAGGAAGCAUACUAGUGAACCCACAUACUGGGCAGCCUUUCCUGAACCCUGAUGGAACCCCUGCUGUGUACAACCCUCCGGACAGCCAGCAGCCAAUCAGGAGCCAGCCUCAGCUUCAAGGCUCUCCCUCUCAGGUGGUUCAGUACUCGUCUGUCUCGUACACAGCUCCACAGAUGUUGCCUGUCACUCCCUCACAGCCAUACACCACAAUUGAGGAUCUCUCCACGCAGUUCGCUCAUGUGAGCUGUCAGUCGACGGGUGAAGCUCCGCCCCUCUACCCUCCCAGUCAGGGUUACAUCUAUGCAGCUCCUCCCCCUCCUCCUCCCCCUCCCAGCCCCCCCAGCUACUGCCAACCCUCACCUCAGUUGCCUGUGUAUUAUUACGGCCAGUACCCUACCUCAGCUCAGCACCCAUGCAAGCCUGUCUCACCGAGCCAGCACAUCCAAAGCCAAGCAGCACAACCAACAGCAGGUUACGCCCCUGCUGUAGGGGUGCAGCCGUCGUCGCACACCCAGGCCCAGGCUGUGCUGGGGACCUACUCACCGAUGGCCUCUCAUCAGCACCGUAGCAUGGUUCAGGGAGGAAUUUCACUGUCCUAUCCCCAAAGUAAAGUUGUUGGUGGGGAGGCGGGUUACUGCUGCGUGGUGCCCCCACCCUCCCACCACGGCAGCUGCCAUCCUCCCAGCUGCACCAACCUCAGCGCCCCGGCCUGAGCGCACAGUACUGAUGAUGCCUCAACGGAUGGAGCGAUGAAGUUCCUGUGUGAACUCACACGCACACAUUCUUAACACCUUUUGUUUCACACUCACCUAAACCCGCCUUCCUCCUGACGAUGCCCACAGGGCACACCGUUCACACUCAUAACAAGCAUGUGCACACACACACACACACACACACACACACACACACACACACACACACUCACACACACACACACACACUGACUCACUCACAGAAAUGUACCACUGUACCAAAGCUUAAUAGUAUAUAUCAGAGCUGCUGUAUUGAAUGCAUAAUUUAUAUACACAAAUGGAGUUUUAUAUUGAUAUUAAAUUAUAUAUUGUGUUCCAAGGAAAUGCACUGUGUGAAUAGAAUAAACUGCUGUGGCUGGA